CUCAGUGAAUACCCAUUGCAAUCCAUAAUGAAGCUUGAAGAAAUCAUUAACUUUGAUGAUGCUAUAGCUGCGUUAUCCUCAUCCAAUGGAGAGGUCGAACCAAUUCAGAUUCAUUUAAAGGGAAAGGACCAAUACAAUGUCCGAAAGGAUGAGUUGGAAGAAUAUUUAAAGAAUGAAAAUAUAGAAGAAGAAGAACAGUUUUUGAAAACGUUCAAGUUAGGGACCACAAACUUUCUGAACUCUCAGUUACUAACACUAAUUCUCCGUAUUUACAACUUUCACUUACUCAGCAAGUUGGAAUUCGAGACUACAGAAGAACUUAUAGAAAUAAUUGAUAAAAUCAGCAAAACUUUACGUAACAUUCUAUUAAUUGACUUGUUUGCUUAUUGGUGUUUUUCAAUACAGAUGAGUUUUAGACUUCCCAUAAUACCAGGUUUGUACCAGUCAUAUAAAGAAAAUAAUGUACAUGAUAGUGAAAUUGAUUAUGAUAGUGAAAUUGAUUAUGAUAUUGAUAAUGAUUCAGAAUCUAAACAACCUUUCAUCAGUGACAUUGACUCUGAUAUGAUGCAAAUUCUUACUUCAAUUUCUCAUAAAACAUUCUUCGAAAAGCUUCUCUAUACCCGAUCAGAUGGAUCUAGACGGGAGCAACCUAAAGUUACUUACUCGCGAUAUAUGCCUAAUGAAACUAGGUAUCAAGGAAUAAAAUCAUGUAUGGGCUUAUUUUAUCCCGAAUCAGAAUUAAAGGAUUUUACAGUAGAUGAAUUCAGUGAUCUCAAACUCAAAUUAGAAGAAAUUAAGAAGGCAUACAUAUAUGGUAGAUUCAAAUAUCAAUUAUCUGAGUACGACGAAUACCAAGUAGAAGAUGCUGUUCAAGCAAACAUAUUCACUAUUCCAUGUAAGUAUUUUUCACCCGAUUAUGGCGUUUUAGUGGCCUAUUUAAGAUCUAAGAAUAUAGAUGACAAAACUUUAACUACAUUUUCGGAAUUAGGAAUCCAUCUUGAGCAAGGUAAUAUUCCUGUUGUAAUAAUACUGCACGGACUUGAAAAGUAUUUGAGAGACUUCUAUGAAACAAGAUUCAGCGGGAGUUGGAGCAUAUUUGAAGAGAUAUAUAUGCAAGGUCUUAGAGAAGCUGCAUGUCGUGAGACAAACUGCUUCUUUCUAAGCGAUUAUAGAACGACUCUAUUUAUUGACUUUCAUUCAAUAGGGGAAUUUAGGGGUCACGACAGCUGUACUUUGAUGAGACCAUUAUAUGGCUCAAUUUUGGAAAUUAAGGAAAAUGAAGAAUUUUCUUUAAUUUUCCAAUUGUACCUUCUUUUAAAUAAAGUUCAAAAUGAUUAUGACCCUAACAAGAUUUUAUUAGACUUAGAAGAUAACUUGUAUUUUACCACUGGUGUUCGUAAAGUUCUAGUUAUGCGCUAUUACAAAGUUAUUGAUGAAUUUAAUAGAAAUUUGUAUGACAUUGUCCAUCCUGGCAAAUAA